AUGGCAUCUCAACGCCUGCUCAUUGUCGGCGCUGGCUUCGCCGGCCUCUGGAGCGCCAUGGCCGCCAGGCGCCUCAUCGACCUGCACAAGGACCUGUCCCGCGAGCGGCCGAUUCAGGUCACCGUCGUGGCACCGGAGCCAGAGCUCGUCCUUCGGCCACGUCUCUACGAGGCAAACGUUGCCGAGAUGCGUGCAUCGCUCGUUGAGCUCUUCGAGGCAACCGACGUCACCUUCAUUGCCGCCCGUGUUGGGGUCAUCCGUCCCCACGAUGGCCAGGUGGACGCUGUUGACAGCACUGGGGCUGAUAUCACAAUUUCUUACGAUCGCCUCAUCUUGGCCCCUGGGAGCCGCUUGGCCCGCCCGAAUAUCCCGGGUCUGAAGGAGCACGCCUUUACCAUUGACCAGAUCGACGAGGCUGUCCAGCUUGAGGACCACCUUCGGCGUCUCGCCAGCGCCCCGUCAGGGACGUCGCGCAACACCAUCGUCGUGUGCGGUGGUGGGUUCACGGGCAUCGAACUUGCGGCUGAAUUGCCCAGCCGUCUUACGGAGAUCUUCGGCAACAAUGAGAAGUUUCGGGUUGUCAUCGUGGACCGCGCGGACGUCAUUGGACCCGAGUUGGGAGACAAACCUCGUCCCAUGAUCGUGUCGGCUCUUAGCGACCUCGGGGUGGAGAUGAAGCUCGGCGCUGCCGUCGCGUCCAUUGAUGCCAACGGCGUCACUCUGUCGAGCGGCGAGCGCAUCGACACCGUCACGGCCGUGUGGACGGCGGGCAUGGAGGCGAACCCGCUGGUGAAGCAACUCUCUGCGCAGCGCGACGCCAUGGGCCGCGUGCAGGUGGACCGCGACCUGCGCAUCCCCAGCCUUCCCAACAUUUUCGUCACGGGCGAUGCAGCCAGCGUCGUCACCAAAGAAGGUGGUCAUCUCGCUCUGCAGUCGUGCCAGCACGCCCUGCGCCUUGGUCGCGCGUCCGGACACAACGCCGCCGCUGACUUGCUGGGCAUCGAGGGGCGGCCCUACGAGCAGCUCAACUACGGCACUUGUCUCGACCUCGGCGGCUGGGGGUCGCUCAUCACGGACGGCUGGGAUCGCAGCGUCCACCAGUCCGGUGCUGCAGCCAAGCCCAUCAAGCAGUUCAUCAACCAGAAGCUCAUCUACCCACCUCCUCCGGACGCCUCCACGGCCUUUGCGGCUGCGGAUCCGGCUGAUGACCCGCCUCCCGUCAAGGCUUUCUUGUAA